AUGAAAAAGAUUAUCUAUGAUGUUCAACACAAACAGGGCUGGAAACAAGCUUGUGAAUGUUCAGAACCUGUGGCUAAAGCAGGCUUGCAUCCAGACAAGUUAUCUGACUUUAUCAAUCUAUGUGCUUGCUUAUCUAUCUAUCUCUAUACACAUCUAUCUAUCUAUAUCUAUCUAUCUAUCUAUCUAUCUAUCUAUAUGAUCAUAACUAUCUAUCUGACUAUAUAUAUCAACCUAUCUACCUGCUUACAUUUCUUUCUAUCUAUCUAUCUAUCUCAAUCCAUUUCCUAUCUAUCUAUCUAUCUAUUUAUUUAUCUGAUCAUAACUAUUUAUCUGACUUUAUAUAUAACCUAUCUACCUGCUUACAUUUCUAUCUAUCUAUCUAUCUAUCUAUCUAUCUAUCUAUCUAUCUAUCUAUCUAUCUAUCUAUCUAUCUAUCUGUUUCCUAUCUAUCUAUCUAUCUAUCUAUCUAUCUAUCUAUUUAUCUAUCUAUCUAUCUAUCUAUCUAUCUCAAUCCAUUUCCUAUCUAUCUAA